GCAGCGGCACAAUCCGGUCGUACCCCUUCCUUACACAGCUCACGCUGUACGCGGUGCACGAUUCAGGCUCCCCGCCAAACCACUAGCUGAUUCACCAUCACGCAUGCGCUUACGUAAACUUAACUCCCGCUCACAGCUUCUUUAGAAAUACACACUUACCAGUAGAUUUCAACAGAUAUUGUAUAAAAUUUUAUUGAAAAAAUAUUACAAGUACUUCACUUUAUAAAAGCUUCUUUGUAUAUCACUAAAUUCAAAAUGAGAUUUGUUAAGGGAGACAACGCUUACCGAGAAUUAUUGGAACGCCAAAGCGGUUCCAGCAGUCAGUCUGGCAAAAUGGCUUCGAGGAACAGUACGGUCACCUUUUCGGAUGAGCAAUUGGAUGAAUUGUGUGAAACAUUUAGUUCGAUUGACAGAGAUGGCAAUGGCUACAUUGACUUGUCAGAACUCAAAGCUGCCUUGGACAUUGUUGGCUUCAAGCUUCCUCAGUGGCAGGUGCGAAAGAUGAUUGAAGAUUGGGACAAGUCAACAGAUGGCCCUGGCAAAGGGAAACUCAGUUUUGAUGAGUUCCAAAAUAUGUGCGCUGGGCUUAAGGCCCAGGAUAUUGCCAGUUCCUUUAAGAAAAUGGUGAACAAGAGAGAGAAUCUUGAAACACUGGGUGGCAUGUCCACUGCUUCCUCUGAGGGAACCACCCACUCUGUACGACUGGAGGAGCAGUUAGCCUUCUCGGACUGGAUUAAUACUAAUCUGGGCCAUGAUCCUCACCUGAAACACUUACUGCCUAUUGACUCAGAGGGACGCUAUUUGUACGACAAAGUCAAAGAUGGAAUUCUCUUGUGCAAAGUCAUCAAUCACUCCUGCCCUGAUACCAUUGACGAGAGAGCAAUAAACGUCCGUAACUUGACCUUGUACACGAAACACGAGAAUUUGACAUUGGCCCUCAAUUCAGCUCAAGCUAUCGGUUGUAAUGUAGUAAAUAUUGAUGCUCAUGAUUUAGCAAAAGGUAAGCCCCAUUUGGUGUUGGGCUUACUGUGGCAGAUCAUCCGUAUUGGUUUGUUUAACCAAAUCACCUUGGAGCAUUGUCCUGGGUUGGCCAAUCUCCUGGAGGAUGGUGAAAAGAUUGAAGAGCUCAUGAAGCUCUCUCCAGAAGCCAUCUUGCUUCGCUGGGUCAACCACCACUUGGAACGUGCUGGUGUGAACAGACGUUGCACAAACUUCAUGGGUGACAUCAGAGACUCUGAAAUUUACACUCAUCUUCUGAAGCAAAUUGCACCAAAUGAUUCUGGUGUUACAAUGGAAGCUCUUACAGAACAAGAUUUGAUCUCAAGAGCAGAAAUUAUGUUGCAACAAGCUGAUAAACUAGGUUGCCGUAGCUUUGUAACUCCUCAUGAUGUUGUGGAGGGUGUCUACAAGUUGAAUGUUGCUUUUGUUGCAAACCUUUUCAACAAUCAUCCUGGUCUUGAUAAACCUGAAAAUGUAGACUUUGAAGGCUUAGACCACAUUGAAGAAACCAGAGAGGAGAAGACUUACCGCAACUGGAUGAACAGUAUGGGUGUUAAUCCACAUGUCAACUGGUUGUACUCUGACCUCGCUGAUGGUAUCAUCAUCUUCCAGUUGUAUGACAUCAUUCGGCCUGGUAUUGUUGAUUGGAAGAGAGUUCAUAGUAAAUUCACCAAGCUGAAGAAAUUCAUGGAGAAACUUGAAAACUGUAAUUAUGCUGUUGAACUUGGCAAACAACUAAGGUUCAGUUUAGUUGGCAUUGCUGGGCAGGACUUAGCAGAUGGAAACCCGACUCUAACUCUAGCACUUAUUUGGCAGUUAAUGAGAGCAUACACCCUGUCCAUCUUGACCCAGCUGGCUGAUUCUGGCAGUCCCAUUGUAGAAGCAGAGAUUAUCACAUGGGUUAACACAAAGUUAGGUGAAGCAGGCAAGACUUCCAGUAUUAGGAGUUUCCAGGAUUCCAGUUUGAAGAAUGCUUUAGCUGUCAUCGAUCUUGUUGAUGCAAUUAAACCAGGCACAAUAAACUAUGACUUAGUGAAAAAUAGUGGUGAAGAAGAGGACAACAUUGCCAACGCCAAGUACGCAAUCUCAGUGGCUCGUAAAAUUGGUGCCCGCAUUUAUGCUUUGCCUGAAGACAUCACUGAGGUUAAACCGAAGAUGAUUAUGACAGUCUUUGCUUGCCUCAUGGCACGGGAUUACAUACCUAAUAUGGAUGCCAAAAAGAAUUGAAUGUGAAAAGAAAGCUUGUGUUUUGUAGAAAGAGAUGUAAAAGGGAGUGCAUGAAGUGACUGCGAUGUAUGAUUUAUUCUUUGUAACUGUAUAGACUUUUUAUACAUUUUUCAUAAUGCAUAGCUAUAGUAAAGCAACGUCCAGGUCUUAUGUUGUGACAUAACAGUAGUGCAGUUCAAUUUUGUAUCAUAAGCAGCAUUUGUAUUAUUCAAAUAUCAUUUCUGUUUAGUCUACUGCAGAUAAUUUUCUUUAUUGCCAUUUUACAAAUUCGUGGCUUAUUAUAAAGUUAAGUAAUGCAUCUAUUCCACUUUUGUGUAGCUUCCACAAAAUGAAGCUCAUAAGAAAUAGGAUUGCUCAAAGGUGAAAAAGGAUAUACAGUACUGAAUAUAGAAAUGGAACAACUGUAUGGAAUUUCUGUUUAGUCUGCAUUUUUUGCUGGAUAUUCAUGUAUAUGCAGAUAGCAGAAGUGGUGUGUAGAAUGAAAUAAAAAUGUAAUAGAGUUCUCUUUUAAAUAACAGAUUUUAUGUAAAAAUUGCUUUUGUACUCUUAAUGAAUCAUUAGAUAAUGUUACAGUUUUAUUGAAGGCAGGAGCAUUAAUAUUCUAUGUUCAGCAUCGCUAAAAUCUUGAAUGCUAUUGAAAUUCACCAUGUUCAGUUGUGCAUUUAUGAUGAAUGUAGGUUUUUAAUACAGAAAUUUGAGCAUUGUAAAAUGAUUAUUUUAUUCACAAGAUUGUGUAUUUACAAAGCUGAUGACGCUCACUUCCUGGCUAGUUUAAUUGCUGGAUAGCGAGUGUAAAGUUGAAGCCCAACCUCAGACUAAGUGUAGAUUUUUUACAUGAUAGUUUUUAUUAUAGAAUGACAGUGUGUUAUAUCACUAAUGUUUUCUCUUCUUGUUAAACUUUUGUUAUAUAUAUUUUCUUGAUGCAAGAGAAGUAGCACUGGAUUAUUUUUUUUUUAUAAAGUGAUGUUUCACUUUUAAUGACUUGACUUGAUUUGUAAAUACAGAAGUUAUGAAAUAGUAUUUUCCUAGGUAUAUUACUAAAGGAAAUUUGGUAGUCUGUCCUUUUUAUUAAAUCAGACAGUUGUAAAUUGUAGGUUGAAAUUUUGUAAUGAAAAUGUGUUAGCACAAGUUUCUAAGCAGUUUCUUUUAUUAUACAGUAUACAGUAUUUUGAUUUUCAAUGCAUGUGUUUUGUAACUAAGGAUUCGGGGCUAAAAAUAUUGUUUAAUGUUGAUCAUUUAGUACACAUAUACGUAGUUUUGUUUGAAGGGAAAUUGGACACUGUGUAAAUUAAGUACAAGUAUCUUGUCCAGUAACAAAACAUAAUGCCUUUUUUCACCAAAAAAUAUUAAUGGACAAUGCUGGGCAAAAAAAAUGAGGAAAGUUAUGGUCUGAAACAGUCAGAUUGCUUGCUUCUGUUUGUGUGCCGUUUGAUUAUAUUCAUGAUACUGUAUCUUUGAACAAGUUGAGGUAUAUGGGCUGCGUGGGAGUUGUGAUAGCAUAUAAGGCGUAAUGUUUCCUUCAUAUAAGAUUUUUCUUGUAUUGAUGCUAAGAGAUUUUCCUUUAUUGCACUUUUAGUGUUUCUGAAGUAUUUUCCUUAUAUGCCAAAAUGGUUUGUCUGCCUAGUGUAAUUUUCCUCACGAACAAAUAUAUUGAAUGAAGUGCUAAAAUAAUGCCUCCUCUCAUCUGAUAUUCAGGUCAUUUAUUGUUUACCUACCUAACUCUUGUUUCAUUGCAUAGGAAAAAUCAAAAGUCCUCUUAUAUAAUAUAUGCAGGUGGUGAUGUGUAUCUAACUAGUGCCAUUAUUCUAGCUAUUAGGAAACCAAUGCUUCUCAGAAUUUUUUGUAUCCGCCUAAGGGAAUUGUAAUCUGGAAAAUAACUUUUGCACUUGAAAUAUGCAAUAGAAAUCAAGCAGUGCUUUGUUUAUAGUCAAAUCCGAUAUAACAAAAAGCUACAUAUUGCCAACAAAAAUUGUUACUGAAGUCUGUUUUUUUAUGUUCAAGUAGGAAGUGGAAUUGUAACUAAGUCCUUAUCUAGUACAUUUCUUGCACAUAAUGGUUUUGUAUGCAAAACCAAAAUAUCGUAUACUACUAAGUUCUUACUUAUUCAGUCUAUGAUUUAACUAAAAAUGUAAGUUACUUUUUUGCCAUAAAAUUUUCAAUAAGAUUUUAAGAUAUUUUUCAUAUUUAGAUCCCUUACAUUUUACCCAUUGCUUGAGGAUUCCGAUCUUUCACUUGGUUACCAUCCAUCUUUGAAUUUUCCAUUGGUCUAAAAUGCCUUUUUCAUCAGUUAUUAAUUAGAAUGUGGUAUACCAUAACUUAAGGAGUGAACUAACUAGUCAGCUAAAACUAUAUCGGUGUAAAAUGAGUAAGUACAGUAUUCCUCAUAAGCCCAAAUUCACUGGAGAAUUGCAUGUAAUUUAAACAAUAAUUGAUCUCAAUUAAAAUUAGAGUUUAUAUGGCACUUCUUAUUUAAUUAUUUUCUUUUUUGGUUUCCCAGUGUAUUUUAUCAGAGGUCUAUUUUCCGAGAGGGGUAAUAUUAGGCACUCGUCAUAGUCAAAUGAUGUUGUACUUAGGGUUUGCUAAAUCAGACAAGAAAUAGUCUUGUUACGUAUUGGACUAUAUUGUGAGGGUCUUUUUGUAUGAUUGGAUAGAAUGUUCUGGAUAUCGAAAGGCUUUAUUGCCUUCAAGUGAAGUUCAUUUGCCAGUAUAUUUUUAAUCUUUAUACACAUAAGGUACAGCGAUGAAUCCAGGAGAAAUUUUAUUACUUUGUAAUUGUGGAUGUUGUAAUUGAAAAUUUUACUGUAGGGAAAUUUGUUCUUAUAUUUGUGAUCUGAAAUGUCAUAUACUGUCAUAAAGAUAAGUUUCAUUGGGUCAUUGCUUUCCUUCAUGUAUUUAUUUUUUUAUGUUUGUAUAUUAGCAAAUGCAAGAUGCAGUCUGCAAUAUUCUGCAAAUUGCAUAAGUUAGAAGACCUUUUCUUGUAGGUACAGAAGUGUUAUUUUUGCAGUUUUCGUAGUUCUUGAAAUUGCAUUUUAAAUAAGCAUAUUUUAUAUCAACUGAAAUAUUAACUUUAAAUUUCUCUCUUUUUCGUGUGAAAUGCAGAUAUUCUGUUGUGAAAUUAAUUGAGGAACAAGAACAUUAAGUAAAAGCAAAAACAUCAGACUGAUGUUUGUGGAGAGUAUAAUUGUUCCUAAAGUAACAGUUUAAAAAUAUUUUUUUAAUUGUUAAUUUUCUGAGUACAGUAUAAGUGAAGUGUGUAAUUUAGUUACUUUUUGCAUAAAACGAUACUGUACAUGACUGGUUUUAGAUUGUAUUGUAUAUUGGUAAUUUUUUUUUUUUUUUUUUUUGUCACCAUCGUAAUGUUCUUUCCUAAACAGCUUAAUUCUGGAAAGAUUAUGUCUAUUUUCUUCUUGAGAUUCUUCUCUUUGGUCCAAUUUUGAACAUUCCUCUUGUAGCUCAAAAAAAGAAAAACAACUCUUACACGACUGUGAAGGCAUUACAGUAUUUAGUAGUCGUCUCUUAUUUAUGCACUUUACCCCUUGAGUCACUUUGCUUUAUGUUUGACACACUUAACACUUUUUCUUCUCUUCUUGUUAUUGACGGUGCUUUAUGAUUAAUAUCAUUUUGUAGAUUUAAGUAGUUCUUUGUCAUUGAUUAUUGUUGUUCUUCUGUGUGAUAGUUAUGGAGAGACAUAUCUUUUCAAUUUCCUUUGCAAACGUUAGUAAAACUCACUGAUUUAUUAUUGGUAUGUGAUACACAUCAACAAAUAUUCGGUACAGUUUAUGAUGAACAGCAUGAAGUGGUGGUGGUUGUAUCUAUGGAUAUUUAUUUAUUUUUUAUUAUAGUUAUCUUCCAUUGAUAUCAUUGCUAUUUCCCUCUGAAUUCUUUUCUCACUCGGAGAUUAGUCUGAUAGAUGUACAUCAUUUUUUAUUAUACAGUAUUUACCUCCUGAUUUAUUUUUAUAGAUCCAUAUUUUAUUCUUUUUAUUCAAGGCAAGUGAAUAAUCAAAGGAUUACUGGUAUGUAUGGAACCAAGCAAAUCAUUUAUUAACCUCCACCAGCUUCAUUUGGUUUUAUAAUUGUAAGCAAUAAACAGUGCUUCAUAUCCUGUAACACUUAAUUUCUUUGCUCUUCUGUACAAAGAUUUUAAUUUGAACCAAAUAAUAAGAUUAUUUGCAAUUUAAAA